CGGAACGACCCGGAACUGAUGCAUUCUCCACCAGUUAUCCUUUCUGUUGUGUGUUUCAUUCUAUUCCACUGUGAUCUUGUUGUCUUUGAUAGUGUGGUAAAAGCAGCAAACAUUUGCAUAAAAGGUGUAGUUUUCCCGUCUGCUGGAAAAGAGCUCGAAUAUGUGUGUGAGCUUGACAGCGAUACGAAGACAAAGCAGAAAAAGAGAGCAACAAGUAGUUUGGCAGGAAGUGUGCUUACGAUGAAUAUGGAAAAUAGCCAUGAGGAUGAGGAUGCAGGGUGUGAUCUUCAUGAGACCCUUGAAAUCAAGAAAAGCAUUCAGGCAGUCAUGAAAGAUAAUGAUAAGUUGUGUGAGUCAACAAGAACACGUAAGGAGCAGAAUGAUGAACCAGAGGACCAGACACAGACCUCUUUGCCAAACUGUGACGAGGACACAAAGGGCAUCACUUAUAAAGAAACUCCUGAUAUUAUUGAUGCACACGUUCCAAUGGAGCCAAGCAAUGGAGAAAAGGCAAUUGAAUCAACUUCACCAGAUGCCAAGCUGGUCAAGAUGACUUGCAUGUCUACAGAGAUGUCAGGGACAAACCUCAGUUCCUCCGUAAAUACAAGUAACACACAUAAUGUAGAUGUGGAGAUGAGAACAGAGAGUCCAGCAUGCAAAGAGUCUCUGCCUAGCAACUCUCCUGCCUGCCCCGACUUGCAAGACCCCUGUUCGAGUGUUGACCCAAUGGUGGUGGAGCCCAAACCCUUAGUCCCCAAUCCAGAAGCUAUAGACAACAUCAAAGACGAACUUGAAGUGACACCCAUGGAAACAGAUGACACAGAGGGGCAAAACUCGGGUGCUGGUGCUUUUGUUCCCGAAAAUGUUGUUGAGACUGAACCUGAGAGUGACCAGACACAGGUUUCUUCUUCAGAAAGUGAGCAAGUGUCAGCAGAGCAGAAAGAACAGGAAUGGCUUGGGACCCCAAUAAAGGAGCUUAGAAGAAUGCCUCAGUGUGGACAGUCCCUGCCAUACCUCAGGGCAACAGACAAUCACAAAGUACUCAUCAGGACAGACCUGCUCAAAGAAGGUCAAGUCUCCCAUCCAUAUCCGAGCAAAUACAGAGAUUCCUGGGAUGAUAUGACCGUAAAGAUGCCUUGUUCAGAAAAUAACAUGUUUCCUGUGGAGAAUGAG